GGAAGACUUCUGGAACCAGAAUAUCAAACAGCAGGUCAAACUCACUUACAUCAUCUUCAGCAGCACAGAACAGAUAUUUGAGACUUUUUUGUAUGUCAGAUGAACUUUCAUGUGGCUUGUUAAAGAGUAAAGAACAGUGAACAGAGGAAGCUUUGACCUGUUGUUUGGUUCAGCCUUGAAUUCAUCCUCAUUACCGAUGUGUUAUGAGUGGAUUAUACCAUUUGAAUAGGUCAUUUCAGUUCAUUUAAAUAGCUUCCAUGUCAUGUGCUCAUUGACUCUAAAUAUAUUCCAUAUAUAUUUUCUACACUAGACACACCUCAUUCUUUAGAUUGUAUCCACCUAUUUUAUAUGAAUAUUAUAGGCCAAUUGAUAAAUAUGUGUAUGUUUGUGUGCAGCAGAUACCUUAGGACAUAUGCCAUUUGCAGAUUGUGUUAAUACAGAUAAUCAUUUAAAAUAGAAGAGGCAUUGAAAUCCAAUAAAAAGAAGUGUCUUAUUUGUUCAUUGUUAUAAAGUAUGUCGUUUUUUCAGAUAUUUUGUACAUAUAUAAAAAAGGCCUUUAUAACAGAACAUUUGUUACCAUGGGAACCACAUAGAACUUUGGAACCUGUUUGAGAUUGUUUGAGUUUACAUAUGACCCAUUCUAGAACCCUGUGAAGCAGUCUACACCCUCAGAAGAUUCAGGGGAGUCAUUGGUUGAGAGCCCAGAGCGCAACUUGCACUGAAGAUUUAAAGUGUAGAAGUUCUCCUACUGAAGGGCAAAGAUGACCGUGUACAACGAGCUGCGUCUUCAAAAAAAGCUUUGUGAUGCGGUGAUCAGAGUGGAGAAUGUUGAGUUUCACGUGCACAAGAUCAUCCUCUGUAACUGCAGCCCGUUCUUUCAGGUCCUGUUUACUCACUGGUCCACUCCAGACUGUCAGGUGUUUGACAUUCCCAAUGUGUCCGCUGACGUGAUGAAGCUCCUCAUUGACUUUGCCUACACUGAAUAUGUUCCAGUCACACAAGAAAAUGUGCAGGAGCUUUUUAUAGCAGCAGACCGGUACAAUGUAAUGGGCAUCGUACGAGCCUGCUGUGACCUCCUGGAGCAGCAGCUGGCCCCUCAGAACUGCAUCGGCAUCAUGAAGUUCACAGACAUCUAUUACACCCCUGAAAUGAAGAACAAGGCUUUCCUUUUCACACUAAAUCACUUUGAGGAAGUUGUUGCCGCCUCAGAAGAGUUCAUGCAGCUCUCUGCACAAGAACUUGGCCAAAUCAUUGGGGAUGACAGACUCAAUGUAAAGCAGGAGAAAAUUGUGCUAAGGGCCAUCCUUGGUUGGAUCUCCUACUCAACUGGGGAACGCAGACAAUACAUCUCUCUUCUUUUGCCCAAAGUCAGGUUGGCUUUAAUGAGUCCAGACAACUUCAUAGAAAGCGUCAGCAACAACCCAUUGGUGAAGGAAUGUCAAGAUUGUGAACCAAUUAUCCUCAGGACCCUGAAUGCCAUGCUAGACCUCCGAACCAUGAGCUACUUUGAUUCUAUUCACUACAACCCUUUGGCCCGUCCACGACUGCCCUAUGCCAUCAUGUUGGCUGUUGGAGGCUGGAAAGGCGGUGUGCCCACCAACGCCAUCCAGGCGUACGAUGUCCGUGCUGACCGCUGGGUCAAUGUCACCAGCACCCAGGGGGGUCCCUGGGCCUACCAUGGCACGGUGUUUCUCGAUGGAUCGGUUUACUGUGUCGGUGGCUUUGACAGAGUGGUGCGGCUCAGCUCUGUGCACAGAUUGGACCUGGUGACGCGCACCUGGCAGGAGGUGGCACAGAUGCAUGUGAGACGCUGCUUUGUCACUGUGACUGUGAUGGACGGGUUCAUAUAUGCCAUGGGAGGUUACGAUGGAGAGGAUCGACACAAUACUGUCGAACGCUAUCAACCCAGAGCCAACCAGUGGACCGUAAUUGCGCCCAUGCACGAGGAGAGAAGUGACGCCAGCAGUGCAGCCCUCCAUGGCAAGGUGUACGUAUGCGGUGGCUUCAAUGGAAUUGACUGCCUGUCAACGGCUGAAUGUUACGACCCAGAGAGCAACCAGUGGACCCUGAUCGCCUCCAUGGGCAGUUGGCGCAGCGGAAUGGGGGUUGUCACCUAUGCAGACCAUGUCUUUGCAGUUGGUGGCUUUAAUGGAACCAGCCGUCUGCGCUCUGCUGAGGCCUACAGCCCAGAAACAGACACCUGGCAUGCUGUUCCCUCCAUGCUGAGCUGCCGCAGCAACUUCGGCAUCGCGUUGAUCGAUGACCGUGUCUUUGUGGUCGGGGGCUUCAACGGCUCCUCCACCGUCCGCGCCGUCGAGUGCUUCGAUGUUGAAACGGGUGAGUGGUCUGAUGCUCGAGAUCUGGAGACCUCCGGCAGCGGCAUGAGCUGUUGCGUGGUGCACGGACUGCCCAACCUGGCCGAGUACGCUUCACCUCAUCACUCUGUGACACUCUCCCAGGUGGAGGAGCGCGAGGUGGAAUGA